AUGGAUUCCUCCAAAAAAACAUCUCUUCUUUUCAUCUCUAUACUUCUCAUAAUUUCUUCAAUCACUCCCAUACUUGGUUGUAGCCAUUGCAAAAAACACAAGAAACCCAAAACUAUUCCCAAUAUUCCACCUAUUAAUAAUAUUCCAUCACCACCAAAAGAGGCUACAACUUGCCCUAUUGAUACACUUAAACUUGGAGCUUGUGUUGAUCUUCUUGGUGGGCUAGUUCAUAUUGGGAUUGGUAAUCCUGUAAUUAAUGAGUGUUGUCCAAUUAUUCAAGGGCUUGUAGAAAUUGAAGCUGCAGUUUGUCUUUGUACAACUCUUAAGCUUAAGCUUCUAAAUCUUAACCUUUAUGUCCCUUUGGCACUUCAACUCCUUCUUACUUGUGGCAAGACUCCACCUCCUGGCUACACUUGCUCUUUGUAG